GUGAUAACUCUGAAACACUGGGAGGUUCAUAUUUCGCUCCUCCUUAUCCUCAUGCGCUCCCAUAUAAUAAUUCCCUUAUAAAAAACCACUUUCACCUUCAAAAUCAAAACCAUACGCAGAAAUCAUUCUCAGCUUAAGCUUCAACGAUGGCGUCGAAGCAACAGAAAGCUCACUGCCUUCUAGUAUCCUAUCCUUCACAAGGCCAUAUCAACCCUAUGCUUCAAUUCUGCAAGCGAUUGGAAUACCACAAAGUGAAGGCCACACUCGUCACCACUCGUUCUUUCUGGAAACAAGCCUCUAUCACUGAAGCCACCAUUUCUGAUUCCAUAGCUCUUGAGGCCAUCUCAGAUGGCUACGACGAAGGAGCAGAUCAAGAUGUUAAGAACUCAAAGAUUUACGUAGAACGCUUCUGGAAAGUAGGACCAGUGACUCUAUCUGAGCUUCUUCACAAGCUCUUUAACAGUGAUUUGCCUGUGGAUUGUGUUAUUUAUGACAGCUUCCUUCCGUGGGUUCUUGAUGUGGCUAAGAAGUUUGGGCUUGUUGCUGCUGCGUUUUUGACUCAGCCUUGUUUUGUUAAUAGUGUUUACUUCCAUCUUCAUCAAGGGAUUCUGAAACUUCCCAUUAAAAAGGAGACCAAGAUUUUGCUUCCUGCGUUACCAGAACUUGAGCCUCCUGAUUUGCCAUCUUUCCUGUAUCUGCAAUAUGGGAUGUAUCCAAUCUUUUGGGACUUAGUGGUUGAUACUUUUGACAAUAUUGGAAAAGCUGAUUGGUUGCUUCCAAACACUGUUUACGAACUGGAGCCUGAGGUGGUAGACUGGAUGAGGAAGAUGUGGCCAAUAAGGACAAUAGGACCAACAGUUCCUUCCGUGUUCUUAGACCAGAGAAUCCAUGACGACCACGACUAUGGCAUCAGCGUGUUCAAACCCAACAGUGAUCUUUGCAUGAACUGGCUUCAUGAUAAGCCUAAAGAAUCAGUAAUUUACGUCUCCUUCGGAAGUUUAGCAGCCCUCGGUGAGGAUCAAUUAGAGGAAAUAGCUUGGGGUUUGAUACAAACUGAGGAUUAUUUCUUGUGGGUUGUUAGGGAAUCUGAACAAGUCAAGCUCCCGAAGAACAUACAAGAAAUAGUUUCUGCAGAUAAGGGUCUGAUAGUGACAUGGUGUCCUCAAUUAAAAGUACUGUCACAUGAAGCUGUCGGAUGUUUUGUUACACAUUGUGGGUGGAAUUCUACCUUGGAAGCUCUGAGCUCGGGAGUUCCUAUGAUUGGAGUGCCACAUUGGAGUGAUCAGACCACGAAUUUGAAGUAUAUUGUGGAUGUUUGGAAAGUGGGACUUAAAGCUCCAAUGGAUGAGAAAGGGACUAUUAAACGAGAAGCCUUGAAAAAUUGCAUAAAGGAAGUGAUGGGAAGUGAAAAAGGGAAAGAGAUGAAGAAUAAUGCCAUCAAAUGGAUGAAUGUGGUCACGAGUUCUAUGGAGGAAGGGGGAAGCUCAGAUAAAAACAUUACAGAAUUCAUAACUAGGAUUUCUAAGUGACUUUUGAUGUCAACGUAUUUGUAGACGACAAGGAAGAUUUGAUAUUAAAUCUUUGUCGACAUAACAUUUUGUAUGCCAUGUAGCAAGUCCUGCCUAGUAUAAAAUGUCAGGACUUCAAAUAAACAUUCCAAAGGCAAUUUCAUUACUCCCUUCUUCCUCA